GCGGGAAUGAUAGUAUUAUUCUUGAAACAAUAAAGCUUCCUGUUUUUAUGUGGAUCAAGUUCCUGACCAGAGAUUCACAGUUGGCUCAUUUUAGUAAAUAUGCAAACGAGGUGGCCUUGACCUCAAACAAGUUUAUCUCAAUGUGAACAUUUUGCCCAUUCAUUGUUUGUUCUGCUGUCGCUAUAAGUUUUCUAGUAGAAGUUCAAACAAUUGAUCUUGCAUCACAGAAUCGAGAGCUUGUUAUUAGUAGCAGUAAAAAUAGUCAGAAUUAAUACUCAUCGUUCUUCAAGCGAGAAAAUGGAUAGUGAAAGCUCGAUUAUCAGAGGAAAAAGAAAAUUGGAGUUUCUCAAAAGUUUCUAUGUUCUAAUGUCUAUCUUGAUUAUCAGCUCAAUUUUCGCAGCGAUAGCCUUAGCAAUUCCGUUGACAGAGCGAGGCUUCUACUGCGACGAUGACUUCAUUACGAAGCCUUACAUCCCACAUCAAAGUGUCAGUACUUUUGUGUGCGCAGUUGUGUCCGUAUGUAUGGCCGCGUCAGCUAUUAUUCUAAUCGAUUCCUUCAAUAUUUGCUAUUUUUGCACUCGGUCCGAAGGUGUCUCUUUUUUCACUGCCUUGAGAUCACCAGUCAUUCAGAAGUACUUUUUGAUCACGGUGCAAUGUGUGUUAUUUAUGGGUUGUGGAGCCCUAGUUGAACAGACUAUUCUUCUGAUGACCAAGAAAACCAUCGGAGAGUUGCGACCUCAUUUCAUUGCAGUAUGCUACCCUAAUAUAAACAAGUACUACGCAUUGUGCAAUAAUAUAACCUAUUCCACUAACUACAUACAGCCGAAAUGCCUGGACGCAGAUGAAGACCACGUGAAAGAAGCACGAAUGUCCUUUCCUUCCGGACACUCCUCGUUUAUAUUCUAUGGAGCUGUUUCUGCCAUUUUGUACAUCAGAUCUCAGCGGAUACCGAUUAGUGAGUGCUUCAAGGUGUUCUGUAUUACAGUCCAGUUCGGCUACUUCAUUCUGGCCUGGUGGGUGGCCCUCACCCGAGUCAGAGACUACUGGCACCAUGCCUGGGAUGUCUUGACUGGCGCUCUGAUCGGAUCUACAACAGCUUACAUCAUCUGGAGGUGUUCGCCGUUGAAAGUUAAAAGACGGCAACUACUUAGUGCAGGAAGCAGCGUCAAAUCUAGAGUUGGGAGCGAUAGACUUGACACACAAAUGAGCUCAUCUCCAUCUGUGGCUUCAUCGGAAACUUGAGUGAAGGGUCUCUACUCAGCUAAUCGGAUGAGCAGUUGCCAUAUAAACUUGGCUUUAAUCAUUUCUAAAAGAUAUCAUGAUAUUUUUUGUUGCUUAUAAUGUAUUGAUAUCACCAAAUGGUCAAUUCAAUGGGGGACUGACCU